AUGAUGGUGAUGCAAGGUAAAGGUGCAGCCAGCGGAUGUGGGUGCAAGUGUCUGGGUGUGAGGCGGUCUGUGACAAAAGUAGCUCUCCAUGACCCCUUCCAGACGAAUGCCCUUGUUCUCUAUGAGCCGCCAGAAUUGGAGGCACAUGACAGCCUAAAGUGUGAUGCAGGCAAACGGUUAGUCCACGUUGUUGUGGAUCCAAUCCUUUCAAAGUACCUUCGACCACAUCAGAGGGAGGGAGUUAAGUUCAUGUAUGAUUGCGUUACUGGUGCACGAAUUGCUGACAACUACGGUUGCAUUAUGGCCGAUGAGAUGGGGCUGGGGAAGACAUUGCAGUGCAUCACUCUUGUGUGGACUCUUCUGCGACAAAGUCCAGAGGCUAAACCGAUGAUUGACAAGGCCGUGAUUGUGACGCCAAGUAGUUUGGUAAAGAAUUGGGCCAAUGAGUUGAAUAAGUGGUUGCAGGGUCGGGUGAAUCCGUUGGCUAUUGAUUGCGGUUGCAAAGAAGAUGUUGACGAGAGAUUGGCCAUGUUCAUGUCUCAGAGGGGUCCACGAGUAGGUGCGCCAAUUUUAAUCAUCUCUUACGAAACGUUUCGAUUGCAUGUGGCAGAGUUGCAGCGGGGUACGGUGGGACUGAUUAUCUGUGAUGAGGGUCACAGGUUGAAGAAUUCGGAAAAUCAGACCUAUCGGGCACUGGUUGAGCUAAAUUGUCGGCGAAGAGUUCUGCUGUCGGGUACUCCGAUUCAAAAUGACCUGCUGGAGUACUUUAGUCUGGUGCACUUCGUUAAUGUAGGACUGUUGGGGAGUGCGGCUGAGUUUCGGAAGAAGUACGAGGCGCCUAUAUUGCGUGGGAGAGAUGCGGACGCAAGUGAUGGUGAGAAAAAGGUGGGAGAGGAGAGGCUAGGAGAGCUGCUUUGUACUGUCAGUCGGUGCAUAAUACGGCGAACUCAGGCCCUGCUAACCCAGUAUCUUCCAGUUAAAGUUGAACAAGUGGUGUGUUGUCGGUUAGCCACCACGCAAGCUCAGGUGUACGCGGAAGUUGCGAAGCGAAUGGCUGGUGAGGUGUCGAGCCGGUUGCGUGGAGGAGGUGGAGUCGGAGGAGGAGGGAACAGGAAGCUGCCCGUCUGCAGUCUGGCCUCAAUUACGCAUCUGAAGAAAUUGUGUAAUCAUCCAGAUCUAAUAUUUGACAAGAUAGGCUGCGGUACAGACGGCUUUGAGGGCAUGCUUGGCUUCUUCCCCGGUGGCUACGUGAGUAGUUCCGAAUCCGGCAGACCAGCUCAGCCUGAAAUGUCAGGCAAAUUUCAGGUGCUUGAUUGUCUCCUGGCCAUCGUUCGAGCCACUUGCAACGACAAGGUUGUGCUCAUUUCGAACUAUACACAAACGUUGGAUCUGUUUGAAGGUCUCUGCAGGCAUAGAAAGUAUGGAUAUUUUCGGCUCGAUGGAACGAUGUCGAUGAGGAGGAGGGCGAGGAUAGUUGAAAAGUUCAACGAUCCAAAUUCGCCAGAGUUGGUGUUCAUGCUGAGCAGCAAGGCGGGCGGCUGCGGUCUGAAUCUCAUUGGUGCGAAUCGGGUGGUGAUGUUUGAUCCCGACUGGAAUCCAGCCAACGACGCGCAGGCCAUGGCCCGUGUGUGGCGGGAUGGACAAAGGAAGCAGUGUUAUAUAUACCGCCUCAUUUCGACGGGCACGAUAGAGGAGAAGAUGCUUCAAAGGCAGGCGCACAAGAAGGCUCUGAGUAGUUGCGUAGUGGAUCAAAUGGAGGAGGUGGAGAGACAUUUCAGCCUGGGUGAGCUGAAGGAGCUCUUCACGUACCACCCAGAGACAAAAUCGGACACUCAUGACAGGUUCAGAUGUCGACGGUGUGUGAAUGGAGUGCAAGUACGGGGUCCACCACCCGAAGCGGAUUGCAACAGUGAUUUGUCAGUGUGGCACCACUGCUACCAACGCAAAGCGCUUGAGGACUGCGUGUUGAAGGGUGCAUGGGACAGUGGAAUGAUCAGUUUUGUGUUCUGGCAACGGUCCCACGAGGAGCAGCGCAAGACUGUCUAA